UUUGCGGCAAGCUUUGUGGGUUGGUGGCUGGCCACAACCCGCCCCACCUGCAGUACUACGGGUGCGUGAAAGAGAUCAACUAUGCUGCAAGGUAGUACUCGACGGAGUAUUUGGUGUACUGAGCGAGUGACGUAGAAAGCUAUGCUGAACUCGACGGACCAUACACCAAGCGCGAAACUAUGCUGAACUGUCCGUCACAAGAUCUACCUUUCUUGUUUCUUCGGCCAACGCGAUUGGCGUUGGCGAGUCUGCCGGGGACGGGUUCGCGGAAUUCGUGACCCUCGCCGCGGCCCGCUGCCCCCUCCUUCCGCCGUCCGCGAGCAAUAGGCCAGAUCCCCGGAAAACGGCAGGGAAGGGCUGAAAGCUUUGAUUUGAAGGCUUCACGCGGACUCUGAUGGCGGCGACCACGGCCGCAGCCGUGCGCCGGCUCUGCGCCGCCGGCGAGGUGUGGUCGGCCCUGGCGGUGCUCGCCCGCGGGGUGAAGUCAGGCGACGCGGCGUUGGAUGUGGCCGCGUGUACCGCGCUCGUCCACGACUGCUGCCGGAGCGGUGACGUGGUGGAGGCCCGGAGGGUGUUCGACGUAAUGCAGCGCCUGGGCGUUGCCCCUAACGAGGUCACGUACACCGCGCUGAUCCACGGCUACUUUGUUCACGGGCACAGAGAAUUGGGUUUCGCCUUGUUUGAGGAGAUGAGGAGAGGCGGAGUCGAACCCAACCUCUACACCUACAACUGCUUGAUCGGGGAGUGGUGCAGGACUGGGGAGUUCGAGCGCGCCCGUCUCCUGUUCGACGAAAUGCCCGUGAAGGGCGUCGUGCGCUGUGUUGUCAGUUACAACACCCUCAUUGCGGGGUUGUGCAGGCACGGCAAGCUGAAGGAUGCCGUCCAGCUACUGGAAGCGAUGAGAAGGGAGGGUAUCCGUCCAAGCAUGGUGACGUUCAACAUUCUUGUCGAUGGCUAUGGAAAAGCUGGGAAGAUCUCCAAUGCUUUGCAUUUCUUCAACCAGAUGAAGGCAGCAGGGUUCCCACCUAGUGCAGUGACAUACAGUGCGCUCAUUGCUGGGUUCUGUCGUGUUAGAGAUAUGGCCCGGGCGAUCAGAGCUUUCUCGGACAUGAAGGAGCGUGGUUUAGCGCCUACAAAAGUGACGUACACCAUACUCAUUGAUGCAUUUGCUAAGCAAAAUGAAAUGACGAGGGCAUUCGAGAUGCUUUCAGAGAUGGAGAAGACUGGUUUGGAGGUGGAUGUGCAGAGUUAUGGUGUAAUCUUGCAUGCACUGUGCAUGGAAGGGAAGAUGAUGGAAGCCAGGAAGCUGUUUCAGUCAAUGGAAUUGAAAGGUGCCAAGCCAAAUAAUGUGAUAUAUAACAUGAUGAUCUAUGGCUAUGGGCGUCAAGGAAGCUCAUAUAAGGCUCUGAGGCUGAUCAUGGAAAUGAGGAGGAUUGGCUUGGUUCCAAACGUUGCUAGCUAUUGCCUGACAAUCCGUCUUCUCUGCAAUGAAGGGAAGUGCCAGGAGGUCGAGGCUUUGAUUAAUGACAUGGCGAGUGCUGGUCUGCAAACAAGUGAAUUCAUCCACAGAGCAUUAUUGGAGGCUAAGGCAAGAUUGGACGAUUCUACAGAUGUCCCUUUUACUUAAAGUAGUCAGGCACGUUGUUUCUGUUAUAUGCCAGGUCAUAUGUUACUAUUAAGUUAUCAUGGCAUGGGAAAUAUGAUACCCAAAAGAGCACCCCCUACAUAGGGAAGGUGUACUGAAAUCUUUCUUGUAGCAACAUUUUGGUCCUUUACUGAGCAGCUCCUUCACGACGGGCGAGAGUGGUUGGCUCCAUUUGCACAGCCGUGAAAGAUGAAGAUCCAUUUGCUGAGACAUUUUCCUGCAAGACAAAGGUCAGUACUUUUUUCUCCCUUUCAAAAGUCAAAUAUUGUUCAUGUACAGUCAGUUGAUUCGUUCUGGAAGUACGAAGUACCAAGUUUGUCAACUUUGAUUGUCCCCGUGUUCAUCAGAGGUGAAGCAUGGUCCACAGAUUUGCUGGAUGAGUUCAUGCUAUAGUCAAUGACUGCCAACCAUCUUUCAGUUUUGUUAACUGCAUGCCAUUCCCUCGGGACAACAGAAAAGCAACUAUUUCCUGUACAUACAGUAUUUUCACCUUACAAUGGUCUAUCAAAACAACAACAAAAAAGAGCAGCGGCAUGUCUAGCACAAGAUUAUUCAUUUGCGUACCGUUCUUAAAACCAUUCGUGUUACUUCAAGCAAAUGUUUUUUUGACACGUGCUUCAAGCAAAUGUAGUGCUAGGUUUGUCUUUAGUCUGUGACAAAGGUAAACGCAUAUCCGGUCAUCAUUUGUUCUUCAGGUUUGCAGUUGCCACUUGCCAGUUGCUGAAUCUGAAUGCUCUGGUGCUUCAUUUGGCUUCAGAAAUGAGAGACGACUCCGCCACGUGUCCACAUCUGAACGAUGGCAACAGUAUUAUCAUGUAACAGUUCAUUCGUGUAAAAUUUGUUAGUAGUACGAUUCUUUAUCACAGUUUAUUAUCAUGUCAUGUUGAUCGUUAUGUAAAGAUCUUGACGAGACCGGUUGUAUA